CUUUAUGUCCUCUCAUCUCACAAACUCAGUUUUGCAAAAAGCAAAAAAAAGCUCCCAAACUCGUUUUGUCCCACUUUGUGCUCGAAACCCUCGUCGGAAUCCCAAAGAAACAGCCAAGAGUUUCAGAGAAAUCAAGAAGACGACUUCGCAGCUUUCUAAACGCCAUACCCACUUCCCAAGAACCAAGACUUUGAACCUUCUCGAUUGAAACGAUGGAAUUCAAGGUCAUAAAGAAGAAAAUGUGGAUCUUUUCUCCCUGAAAAUCUCCCCCUCUCUCUCUCUCCUCUCUCUCUCUCUCUCGAACCCAUUUCUUGAUCCUUGUCUUGUCUCGUGAUGGAAGUUAUGACCAUAAUUGCAAUAUCACUGACCGGGACCAUCAGCAACCGACACAACUUCCCCCUCCAAACACUCUCCUUCUGGUUUGCCCCCACCACCCGCCCGCCUGGCGCUUCCUUGUUCGACUCCUGAAGAAAGUUCCGAGUCUUUCUAUUGUCGUUGUUUUCAUUUAGGAAAUAGGAAAGUUUCUAUAUGACUCCUUACACUAGCUAUUAUGAACGGGGUUUAUUUGGGUCGGACCCGCAUCAAAUGUUCGACCCGCUUUUGCGGGCUAAAGCGUCGGCGCCGACAGUGGCCACGCCGCAGUCGUUGGUGUUGGAUGGUGAGAAGAGCGAGCUUGUGAUCAAGGCUCCGAACAGAGCGGUGAAGAAGAAUGUUUCGGAGGAGAAGGCGUUGGCCGCAUUGAGGAAUCACAGUGAGGCCGAGAGGCGGAGGAGAGAGAGGAUCAAUUCGCAUCUCGCCACUCUCCGCGGCUUAGUGCCCAGCGAUGAAAAGAUGGACAAAGCCACAUUGCUUGCUCAUGUGAUCGAGGAGGUGAAAGAGCUGAAGAAGACAGCACUAGAGGCAAGUAAAGGCCUUCUCGUGCCGAUGGACGCCGACGAAGUCAAAGUGGAGCCGCUCGAUGAAGCCGCCGGAAAUGGUACGUUUUCUUUCAAGGCAUCUAUCUGUUGCGAAUAUCGACCCGAGCUGCUUUCUGAUCUCAGGCAGGCUAUCAAUGCCCUCCGCCUAAAGAUUGUGAAGGCCAAGAUAUCGACUCUCGAAAGCCGCUUGAGGAACGAUUUCAUCUUCUCGAGCGGCAAAGAGGAGUUUAGUUACGACUCGAGUGUGCAACGACAGCUUCUCGCGAGCUCGAUUCGGCAGGCUCUCUGUAAUGUCCUGGCUAAAACUUCUAUCUCGACUGAGUACUCGCCAAGAACGACACUCCCAAGUAAACGGCGAAGAGUCUCUUCCGUCGAUUCCUCGAGCUCAUCAUUGUGAGGGAUUGGAUUAUGAAAUCGGCGACAGAGACUAUUGUAGAUAGCGUGUCACGACGUACUUAUAUACGUCCUAAUAAGUGUCUGUGUACGUAGUUGAGAUUAAUCCUUUCAGGAAUAUUGAACGUUCGAUAUGUAAAAGCUGACGACGAAAUUGUACGAGACUUGUGCUAGGGUUUUCUGUACGCCUUGAUGUAUAAUAAUAAGUGUGUUGAAUAAAA